GUGUUGACUCUGUUUGUGUAUUGUUGAGGCUUAAGUCCAAGCCAGCACAAGCAGAUAGUUUAGCAAAGCAAGAAGCUAUAUGCAACUUACAUAAAUUGGCAAGGAAAGCGUUGAAAAGACUUAGUUAAGUGAAGUGCGUCCGUUUGUCUGCAUCUAGUUAUAAGAACGAGGACAACGUUAUAAUAAAUCUUCUUUCGCAAUAAGUUUAGGAAUUAGCCAUUGUUUGUUUUGUAUAUCAAUCUUGAGUGGAUAGUCCUAAAAUAAGAAACAAAAUAAAAAGACAAAGUGAAGAUUUUCAAAUAUUUAAAAAGUGCUCAAAUUAACUGAUUUUUUUAAAAAUCUUUUUUUUUUAAAUUGAAAUAUGACUCCAAAACCGCAUCAGGAAAUGAAUAGUGGCUUGACGCCUGAAAACGUCAAGGCCAAUUGUUCAGCUUCAACAGUUAUCAUAGGAAAUAAUGAUAAUAAUACUUGCGGCGGUGGAUCGGCCUUUAUUAACGGUGCAUUUGAAAGUGAAAAGGGAAAAAGUGCCGCCGCCAAUGAUGGUUGUCUUACGUUGCAAGUGGUUGGAAUUCUACCAACCACAACUGGAAACGACGACGAAGAAAAGCCAUUGAUAGAUUUUGAUGAUUUGCUGCCAAUGGUUGGUGAAUUUGGUCUAUAUCAGAAAUUCCUCUUCCUGUGCAUGAUUCCCUUUGCGUUUUUUGUUGCAUUUGUGUAUUUCGCACAAAUUUUCAUUACUUUGGUGCCGGAGGAGCAUUGGUGUAGUGUUCCUGAAUUGGAACAUUUAAAUGUCUCAGAAAGAUUGGCAUUGUCAAUACCACAUGAAGGCAAUGGACACAGUAAGUGUUCCAUGUACGCUGUGAACUUCACCGAAAUGCUUGCCAAAGGGAUCAAGGUUGCCGAUCCGUCAUGGCCAGUUGUGCCUUGCCAACAAGGUUGGUCAUAUGAUUUUACAGAAGUACCCUACGAAACAGUGGCCACAGAACAGAACUGGGUCUGCGAUCAGGCGGCUCUGCCAACAUAUGCCCAAUCGAUAUUCUUUGUUGGAGCAAUUGUAGGUGGAUUGUUGUUCGGAUGGAUCGCUGAUAGAUUUGGCCGGAUUCCAGCAUUGAUUGGAUGUAAUUUAAUUGGAUUUGCGGCUGGCGUUGGGACAGCUUUUGCUGGAAACUUUUGGCAAUUUGCACUUCUUAGGUUCUUGGUUGGAUUUGCAUUUGAUAACUGUUUCACUAUGAUGUACAUAUUAGUUCUGGAAUACGUUGGACCAAAAUGGAGAACUUUCGUUGCCAAUAUGUCAAUCGCUCUAUUCUUCACAGGUGCCGCUUGUGCACUUCCAUGGAUCGCAUAUUUCUUAGCCGAUUGGAGGCUCCUGGCAAUCGUGACAUCUGCACCUCUAGUUUUGGCUGUGUUGACACCAUUCUUGGUACCUGAAUCUGCUAGAUGGCUUGUAUCUCAAGGUCGAUUUGAAGAGUCCAUUACUAUCCUCAAGAAACUUGAGCGUGUAAAUGGAAAAAAAUUGUCACCUCAAGUUUAUGAAGAUUUCCGUAGUAGCUGCCAUAAGAUGCAACAAGAGGAAACCUCUCACAAUUCGUACUCCGUUUUGGAUCUCUUCAAGACCCCAAGACUACGACGUAUUACUCUUUUAUUAAUUGUUAUUUGGAUGGCAAUUUCUCUGGUAUUUGAUGGACACGUUCGUAACGUCGGAUCUCUAGGUCUCAAUAUAUUCUUCACAUUCACCGUUGCAUCAUUCACCGAAUUCCCCGCCGAUACUAUGUUGACUUUGACCUUGGAUAGAUGGGGACGAAGAUGGUUGGCUUGUGGAACCAUGAUACUUAGUGGAAUUUUCAGCCUCUUAGCGACAACCGUCCCAAUUGGACCAUAUUCUGCAGCCCUCGCUAUUGCUGGUCGAUUCUUUGUUAACAUUUCCUAUAACAUUGGACUGCAAUAUGCAGCUGAGCUAUUGCCAACUGUGGUUCGAGCCCAAGGUGUUGCCUUUAUUCACAUUAUGGGAUACGUUGCGAGCAUCAUCGCUCCGUUUGUGGUCUAUUUGGCUGUUAUAAGUCCAAUGUUGCCACUGCUUAUCCUUGGAGUCUUGGGCAUUGUUGGUGGCUCCUUAUGUCUUCUUCUCCCGGAAACCCUAGGACACGAAUUACCACAGACCAUGGCUGAUGGUGAAGAGUUCGGACGAGGACAGCGAAUUUGGGAUUUCCCAUGUCUGACCAAAAAAAUCGAUGACGAAAUCACAGACAUCGAAAGAAGUAAAGUGCAACAUUUCGUUAGAUCAACUCAAACCGGGGCAUCUUUGCGGGCUUCGACGCGAGGCGAAGCCCAAUCAAGUAUUCUUCGUCGGUCGGUAAAUUCUAGACUUUCUUCAAGGCUGUAAGCAAACAAAAAUUUGAACAAAAAGUAACAUUCACUCACAAGGUGUAUUUUGUCCAUUUUAUUUUUGGACUUGUUUGCCAGCAAGCUACGCUAUAAAGUAGGUUAAUUCACUUAGCCAUCAACUAGUCUCAGAACUUCUGUACAGAAUGUAAAUAAAUUCAAUUUAAGUAAUAUGUCCUCGAAUGUGCCGCAAUUCAUAUGGAAAAACAGCUCUUCAAGUGUAACGCCAAUUUUUGCGUAGAUACAAAUUAAAUCUCAAUAAUGUAGUUAAUAUAAAAUGUAAAGAAAUAUACAGAAAAUUGCUUGAUAGAUAAGUUGUAUUCGGUGUAACAAAUAUGCAGUAUGUGACAGACAUAAAGGUCAUAUUCAUAUAAAUUCAUAAAUAUACACUUUAAUAUAACGCUCAAUCAUGCAAAUAUGUAUAUCAAUUUAGAUUUAAGAUUAAAAUAAAAUAAUUCCUAAGACUUGAUGUGAUAUUGAUAAGUAACAUAAUAAUUUUGUUGUUAUUAUAAAUUACACUACUAUAAUUUUAAAAUAAAUACAAAAAACCCAAAAUAUAAAAAAAUGUUAAACAUA